ACAAUGUCUGCAGCUCAGAGCAACGCGGCAUAUCGAAAUUUUGCUGAGGAGCCAGUGAGCCAAUUAAGUGCGGUCUUUCCCGCUAUUCCUCAUGCAUUUCAUAAGAAGUUUGAAUUUCAACUUCCUUCAAAGUCCUGGAAUUUGAAGCUUUAAAGGAAUGUAAAAGACAUUUAAGUGUAAAACAGGAUUAUAAGGAAACACAAGAUUUUUAUUUGCAACAUCCCGUUUCCUAUGAAGAGUAACGGCUGGAAUCAAGACUUCAGAAUGGAUUGUUAUAUCUUCCUGCCUUUUAUGCUGGGAAUCCCUCUCCUAUGGCCUUGUCUUAAGGCUGCAGAAGACUCUAAAACAGAGAAGGUUAAGCAACCAGUGGGAUCUCACUUAAGAGUGAAGCGUGGCUGGGUGUGGAACCAAUUUUUUGUACCGGAGGAAAUGAACACAACUAAGCAUCUGAUUGGACGGCUAAGAUCUGAUUUAGACAACGGAAACAACUCUUUCCAGUACAAACUUGUGGGAGUUGGAGCUGGCAGUAUUUUUGUCAUUGAUCCAAACACAGGUGACCUAUAUGCGAAACAGAAGCUUGACAGAGAAGAGCAAUCCCUGUACACUCUGAGGGCCCAGGUUAUAGACACCGCGAUUGGGAGGGCUGUGGAGCCUGAGUCUGAGUUUGUGAUCAGAGUUUCGGAUAUCAAUGAUAAUGCACCGAAAUUCCUACAUGAACCUUAUGUGGCCACUGUACCUGAGAUGUCUCCAGAAGGAACAUUUGUCACCCAGGUGACAGCAAGCGAUGCAGAUGACCCAGCUACUGGCAAUAAUGCUCGCCUCCUCUACAGCUUGCUACAAGGCCAAGCAUAUUUUUCUGUUGAACCAACAACAGGAAUCAUAAGAAUUUCUUCUAAAAUGGACAGAGAGCUACAGGAUGAGUACUGGAUAAUUAUUCAAGCCAAGGAUAUGAUUGGGCAGCAUGGAGCACUGUCUGGAACAGCAAGUGUAUUAAUUAAACUUUCAGAUAUUAAUGACAAUAAGCCUAUAUUUAAAGACAGUUUUUAUCGCCUGACUGUCUCUGAAUCUGCACCCAUUGGGACAACUAUAGGAAUAAUUACAGCAUUUGAUAAUGACAUAGGAGUAAAUGCAGAAAUGGAUUAUCUAAUUGAAGAUGAUGGUUCUCAAACUUUUCACAUCAUUACCAAUAAUGAAACCCAAGAAGGAAUAGUUAUAUUAAAAGAGGAAGUGGAUUUUGAGCAGCAGAACCAUUAUGGCUUUAGAGCCAAAGUUAGAAACCGCCAUGUGGAGGAGGAGCUCACGAACUACCAUAUGGAAGCUUCCACCACUUACAUUAGGGUCCAAGUGGAAGACGUUGAUGAACCUCCUGUUUUUCUCCUCCCAUAUUAUGUAUUUGAAAUUUUUGAAGGAAACCCACUUGGAUCAUUCAUAGGCAUAGUGUCUGCCAUAGACCCAGAUCAAAGGAAAUCACCUAUCAGAUAUUCUAUUACCAGAAGCAGAGUGUUCAGUGUCCAUGACAAUGGUACAAUCAUAAACACCAACCAUCUUGACCGGGAAAUCAGUGCUUGGUACAACCUAAGUGUCACAGCCACAGAAAGAGACAAUGUACAACAGAUCUCUUCAGUCCCUGUGUAUGUACAAGUGCUUAAUGUUAACGAUCAUGCUCCUGAGUUCUCUCAAUACUAUGAGACUUAUGUCUGUGAAAGUGCAGAGUAUGGUCAGAUACUCCAGACCAUCAGUGCUGUAGAUAGAGAUGAAUCCGUAGAAGAUCACCAUUUUUACUUUAACCUAUCCCUUGAAGACAUAAGCAACUCAAGUUUUGCAAUCAUAGAUAAUCAAGAUAACACGGCUGUAGUCGUGACUAAUAGAACUGGCUUUAGCCUUGAAGAAGAGCCUGUUUUCUACUUAUCUAUUUUAAUUGCUGACAAUGGAAUCCCACCACUUACAAGUACGAACACGCUCACAAUACAUGUUUGUGACUGUGAUGACAAUGGGAGUGCCCAGGUCUGCAGUAAUAAGGAAUUAAGCUUUUCCAUGGGAUUCGGGAUAGAAGUAAUUAUUGCGAUUCUGAUCUGCAUAAUGGUAAUAUUUGGAUUUAUAUUUUUUAUUUUGGCUCUUAAACAACGAAGAAAACAGACGCUAUUUCCUGAGAAAAGUGAAGAUUUCCGAGCGAAUAUAUUCAGAUAUGAUGAUGAGGGAGGUGGAGAAGAAGACACAGAGGCCUUUGAUAUCGUAGAGCUGAGAAACAGCACCGUAAUGCGGGAGCGGAAGGCUCGGAAGACCACCAGAGCGGAGAUCCGCAGUCUGUACAGGCAGUCUCUGCAGAUUGGCCCAGAUAGUGCUGUAUUCAGGAAAUUCAUUCUUGAAAAGCUCGAGGAAGCGAACACCGACCCAUGUGCCCCUCCCUUUGAUUCCCUUCAGACCUACGCUUUUGAGGGAACAGGGUCAAUAGCUGGUUCCCUGAGCUCCUUAGGAUCAGUAGUCAUUGAACAGGACGAAAAUUUUGAUUAUCUCAGUGACCUGGGACCUCGCUUUAAAAGAUUAGCAUACAUGUUUGGUUCUGCAGUGCAGUCAAACAAAUAAGCCUUCAGAGCACCAAGAUUAAAAAAAGUGUUAACAUGUGCUGGAGCUAAUGAGAGUCUUGUGUUUGACAGAGUUGUGUGCCUUGGCUGAGGGUGAGAGCUCUGCUUUACAGUUUUCUAAUAUCCUUGGAACAAAUACCCCGAGAUUAUUUCAAGGUACCCACAUUUUGUCUUUGAACAAACAGUUGGAAGAUAUGUUAAUAAUGAGGUCUUAGAUGCCAGUGCAAACCGUGCAAGUAUGACUGAAAAAUUCCUCGAGAAUUUUUCAAUAUCAUCCAUGCUUUAUACUUUUGAAAGGCUGAUGUUAGAAAGGCUCUAAAUUAGACUAUCUUAAUAUUUUUUACUUUGUCCACAUUUUUAUUCUUACAACAUAAGAAUAAAGUGUUUAUGUGGGAUAAGUAGCUGAUGCGAUACAGAGAUAAGCAUUAGCACCUAGAAGAAUCCGGGUGCUUAUGUAACAGUGUAAAAACAUUUACUUAACAUGGAUAAGCAGGUUGCUGAAUAGGAUUCUGUGAAUCAAAUUUGUUUGAUAUUUUUAAAUCUUUGCCAAGAUCACUGUUUUAAACUUAUUUCAAAUUUGUGUAGAUAUUUGGUAUAUAUGAAGUAACCAGAAUUACAUACAAGAAAUCUGUAUUUUGUUUGAUAUUACAGCUUUAUAGAAAGAGAGAACAUAUGCUUAGAAGUUUUUCAUAGAUUAUAUUCUUAUACAACCCCAAAGACACCUUUUCAUGUCAAAAUACAAUGGCUAGUUGCAUGUCAGCAUUUACUCAUCAUUAAAUGAAACUUUAUAAAUUUGGUGAAAAGUGUGAAAAUUUUAAGUAGAUUUUUAUUUCUUCUAAAAUUAUAUAGACAGUGAAAGUACUAUUGGAUUCAAACUUGAAUUAGUAUAAUUAUCAACUUCAGCGACUCAAUAUUCACACAGUAAAACUUAAUUACAAUUCUUAGCAUUUCCUUUUACAUUAAGAAUGUAGGCUAAAACUCCUGAUGCAUCAGUGCUAUUUGGUUUUUAGUACCAAGUAUGAGAUUAGGUACAGUAGUUAGUUCUACUGCAGUUCGUUGAAGAAAGUAAAUGCUUAGAAAAUGGACAUAAACUUUAGGGCAACACUAGAAUAUAAGAUAAUAAAAUGCCUUAAUCUUAAUUGACAUUUUAAGAAUACUUCCAUGUCCAAAUCAAGAUCGACUUCAAAAUAAACAUUAAACAGACAAUAUAGCAAUGAAAACAAUGUUCUUCAAACUGGUUUAGAUGAUCAUGUUUAUUAAUGGCAUGUGAGACUAAGUUGAAUCAAUCCGACCAUACAUGUAUUUAAAUAAAGUACUGUAUUUCAAGUAAUGUUGAGUUGUAUCUCAGCAGUUCAACAGUUAUAAUAAUUUUUCUGUACUUUUACAUAUAAACAUGCACAUCAUAUAGUAAAUUUUUUAUCAAUAGGAAUGAUUAUGUUGGCAAAGCAGAUCUUUUUAUUUUAUGAAAUUUGAGGAAAUCAGAUUUGAAGUACAACAAUUUGGGAAGACAUUAUAAACAAAUAAGAAGAUAUAAACUGUAGUAAAUUCUUAUGCGUUAACAUCACUGUGCACUUAGGAAAAAGUAAAAAUAAUGAACAAAAUGUCUUAAG